GCAUGCUCCGUGUGUCUCCUUCAUUGUGCCCUAUAGACAUUACUAAAGUAAGCUAGCUGUCACUCCACGCAGCAGCAUCACGCCAGGGACAGUCCAGCCGCUGCAGAUCCCCCGUCCAGACACCUUACCACCGCACGAUGGCCGUCCCUCCGUCAUACUCGGACCUGGGAAAGUCCGCCAAGGACAUAUUCAGCAAAGGCUACGGCUUUGGAGUUGUGAAGCUGGACCUGAAGACCAAAUCACAAAGUGGAGUGAUGGAGUUCAACACGUCCGGCUCCAGCAACACGGACACGGGCAAAGCCGCCGGCAGCCUGGAGACCAAAUACAAGAUGAAGGAGCUCGGCCUGAGCUUCAACCAGAAGUGGAACACGGACAACACGCUGGCCACCGAGGUCACCGUGGAGGACCAGCUGACUCAAGGACUGAAGGUCGCCCUGGAUACGUCUUUCGUACCAAACACAGGGAAGAAGAGCGGAAAGCUGAAGACGGCGUACAAGCGCGACUUCGUGAACCUGGGCUGUGACGUGGACUUCGAGGGUCCCAUCAUCCACGCCGCCGCCGUGCUGGGCUACGAGGGCUGGCUGGCCGGCUACCAGAUGGCCUUCGACACGGCCAAGUCCAAGCUGGCCCAGAACAACUUCGCCCUGGGAUACCGGGCCGGCGACUUCCAGCUGCACACCAACGUUAACGACGGCACCGAGUUCGGCGGCUCCAUCUACCAGAAGGUGAACGAGGAGCUGGAGACGGCGGUCACUCUGGCCUGGACCGCCGGCAGCAACAACACCCGCUUCGGCAUCGCCGCCAAGUACCACCUGGACAAGGACACCUCUCUCUCUGCCAAAGUCAACAACGCCAGUCUGAUCGGCGUUGGUUACACUCAGAGCCUCCGGCCAGGUGUGAAGGUCACCCUCUCGGCUCUGAUCGACGGGAAGAACUUCAACGCCGGGGGUCACAAGGUCGGGAUGGGCUUUGAGCUGGAGGCAUAACGUGGAAAUGGAGGAAAGAAAAAAGGCCCUGGACCACAUCCCCCCCCCCCUCCCCCCCAUCACAACCACAGUCCACACCGUCAUGUAGCUUCACAGAUUUCACAAUCUUGGAAGUGACGCUAUUUAUUUUAUUAAGGUCUUCGGGAGAGGCCCUCGUUGGGUGGUUAGCUUGUUUUUCACACCUUUUCCUUUGUAAAAAAAAAAAGCAUGCGAAGAUGAAAGCGCGGAGCCGAGAGGCUCAUCUGCUCAGUGAGAAACUGUUUUGUGUGGAGCACUGAUUAAAAAUCUGUAGAAAUGUUUCUAUAUGGAGGCGUCUCUAGGUCGACAGGUCAGAAGGAUCAUUUCAAAAACGGCUUUACGGGAACAGAGGAACGUUCCGUCCAGAUGGUCAAAAGCGAUCCCUUUGAUCCCCUGGAGCGAUCCCUUUGAUCACAUGGAGCGAUCCCUUUGAUCCCCUGGAGCGAUCCCUUUGAUCCCGCGGUUGUUCCGGUAGGUGGAGGCGAUGUCGUGGAAUCUUCUUGCGUAGUUAGUUUGCAUUUCCCCGACAUCGUUUCCGUCUAUCUGUCUCUUGCGUCUGCUUCCUCCCGUUGCCCGGGGAAACGCUCCCGUUGUUGCCGUGGCUGCGCUCUCACACGACCUACACUCCUCACAUAGUGGACUGACCUCCGAGUGACCUCCAUCAAAACGCCGGCAUGGGGUCGGGUCUCGCAAGUGACUCCUAUUUGUUUCUUUCAUGAGUUUUCUUUUUUCUUCUCUAAUUGUGUCAUUAUGAUUAUAGGACUCUUUGUCACACAAUACCUCAUUUUUUUCCAAUGUCAGUUAAGGGAAUUCAAACAAUAAAUGAAAAAUAACAUCUCA